GCCUCCUGGGAUAUCCUUGCUAUCCGCCAUUUUGUAGGAGCCGGUAAUAACCUGCGGAAAAUGGCAAAUUUUCUGAGGAUUUCAUCGCGAUUAGUGGGAAGAAGGAUCCACACUUCUGCUCCACGCAAAUUCGACCCAGUACCUAUUGCUAGACAAGAGUUUGGUUCUGAUUUAGAGGCUCUGAAAGCCAAAGAGAAAGGACCGUGGACGGCGUUAAGCAAGGAGGACAGAGUCGCAUUGUACCAAUCACAGUUUCCAAAGACAUUGCAGGAGUCUAAGCUCGGUGAACCCUAUGCCAAGAAGGUCGUAGGAGGAGUUGGUGUACUGAUUUCUCUAUCACUUGCAUUUUUUGCCUUCCUGCGCACUUAUAUCGGGCCAGAGCCACCACCAACUCUGAAUGAAGAUUGGAUCCGUGCCUCGGAGGAGAAGAUGCGUAGACAGCGUACAAACCCUAUUACCGGCUUCACCUCUAAACAGCAGCACUAGAAAACAAGUCUUAACAUUAUAGGGUGCAAACUUUCUUGUCAUUUUUAAGGACAAUUGUGUUUUGUCUUUGUAAGCAGUAACAAUGGCUAGCAGGCUAGAUAAUUUCUAAUUUCUUGAAUUGCUGAUACCAAUAUUGUUAUCACGCUGUUGUGUAAAUAAAGAUUAAAUGGUUAACUCACAUUCUA